CAAUCUGACUGCAGUUUUUUGUGUUUAUGUUGAUGAGAGCUUAGUUGGACAGUUCCUGCUGAAUGAUAACGUCUCUCUGACCGGGCUAAAUAAACACACAGAGGGUCAGAAACACAGAUAACAAGCUGGUUAGACACACCGAUACAACCAUGAUCCUGACGGGUCGCUCUAUCCUGUGUCUGCCGUCUCCAGCCACCGUCCAGGAGCUCUUCUCCGUGGCUCGGGACGCCAGCGUCAUCCCUGACAUCUCCCUGGAUCCCGUCCUCACCACCUUCCUGUCGCUGGACUCCUCGGCCGCUCUGCAGCAUCAGUACGUCUUCUUACAGCGGAGCAUGAGGGGUGAGCGGCGGGCGGCGUUCGGCCUCAACCUGACUGCAGAGCUGGGAAACAGCAGCAGGGUCACCUGUGGAGGAGUCGGGGUCGUCGCUCUGGCUCUGUCACUGCUGUUUGACCAGGUUGCACAACAAGUCCGAGCUCAGGGAUCCACAGAGGGAGACCCAUCAGCUCAGAGAUCCGAUAAGGAGAUCUUUGGCAUCGGCAGGUCUUCCAGGAUCGGCUGGAUCAUCCACAACUACCUCCGCCUGGUCCCCGGCGUCGCCAACGACCGGGAGAAGAUGGCCGAGGCCACGGAGCGCUACGACAACUGGCUGAAGCUCGAGCUGAUCGACCACUACGAGAGGAUGACCACGAAGAAGAGGAUGAGUUCGGUGUCCAUGCAGCAGUGGCUGGUGGGAGCUGCGGUUCAUCUGCACAUGAGGAUUCACCAGGUUCGUCUGCACUCUGUUCCUCCAGGAUCAGCCGAGUCGCUGCGUCUUUCCUAUAAGUCUGCGUUGAGUCGCCUGGUUCAGGGCUACACGGUCUAUCUGCACAGAAACAUCCAGGAGACUCCAGCACCCCGGAAACCCAGAACUAGGACGGCAGCUGGACCAGACAGAACCAACAUGACCUGCUCAAGUAAUCACACGUUUAAUGAUAGCCUUGUUGGUAUCUCAACUGAUAAUGAGACUACCACACCAAAACCAACUGCUGACAUUAGCAGAAGUUGUGAAACAGACUUUGGACUCAAUGUGUCAAACAGAAGUGUUGAAACCUCUGAAGUGAACUUAAAGACACUCAACGGCACGACUGGAAACGAGGACGUUCAGGGUCUGUUAGUCAUCGAGCUGCUGAGGAACGUGAGUCACAAUGUGCAGCACCACCCCUGUGAGUCUCCGGCUAUUCAACAAGCGUUGGUGACUCGUAUUAUUAACGCUCAGGACCUGGAGCGCAACAGGAACUUCUUCCAGUACCCGGAGAAGGUCUUCCAGAGCCUCCUCAGGCAGAGGAACGACUUCAAGAUGAGGAGACACAAAUAAACAGAGAACGAAC